AUGCACGGUGGAGUCCUUCUUUCUCUCCUUUUGGCGAACACUGGUUCCCUAGCGCUUUCAACCCCUCCCAUUGAACGCCGAGGAUUUGUCAUUGACAGACCGGCAGUCAAGCCCCCUUUUUCCGAAGCCGCCCAAAACAAAGAUCUCGACGAGGAUCUCUCGCCGGUGCCAUGGAUUGAAAAAGCAUGGGACCCGGACUGGCUGCCCCAAGCCUGUGUCAUUGAGGCGAACUUCACCGGCUUCGACCCCUCUGAGUUUGAGGCUGUCGAGGUCAUGUACGAGGACUGCGCCGCAUCAUGGACUGUUUGUCGGCACAGACAGGCUGACGAGUCAUGGUUUUACAUCCUGGAGACAUUCAGCAAAGUCCCCGUCGGCCUCCGCCAGUAUAUUUCCAACGCCGUCGUUGUUCCUCGGCCCGAGCAUUCAGCCUCUGAGCCUCAAAUGGAGCUCCCUUCAGCCUAUGCUCGCCCGGAAGUUGGUGUAAUUACCUUCAUGCCUUCCUGUGAGUGUGGAGACCAUGCUAUCUUCCUUGGCUUUAGUCUGACACCGCACCAGACUUCAAACUCGGCAUCAUCUUCCACGAAGCAGCCCGUAAGUGUACUUCAUUUAUAUCACCAAGCCGUGUCCUCGGACAAAUCCGUUACGACCACCUACGCAAGGACGAGCUGGGAGGAGGCCUUCGCCGACGCAGUCCGUUGGGCGUUGAGCCACAUGACGCACAAGGACGGACUGAGGGCUUACAGCCGCGGGUGGGAAGAAUGCAGGGGCCAGGUAGAGGUUGUGGGGGGGUUGUUGAAGGGGGUUAUCUGGCCUGCAGGAGGGAAAUGUGUUGGGAGGGUGAGGAGCUCUUGGACGAGGGCCGUAAGGGUGAGUGAUGGUGGGCAUGAUGCUGAUGAUGGUGAGGAUGGACGGAGGGAAAGGGGUAGGGGAAGGGGAGGGCCGGCAGGGUUGGAAGGGGUGCCGGAGAUUGGGUUCAAGGGGGAGGUGAGGGUUGAUUUGGUUGUUUAG